UCGAUUCGAACUGCAAUCGACUCGAUCGAAAUUUGAAAAUCGAUUUAUUCUUGCCCUUUUCAACAAAAAUCUUGCCCACUUCGAUCAUCACAGCACCAUGAGCUCCAUCAGGAGAGGUAAGAAGAGACCCAACAAGGGUGAGGACGACACCAACAGCACUGCUGCUAAGAUCAGCCGAUUCUUUCUGCCUUCCAAGAGACAGCGAGCUGAAAGCCAACAGGAAGCAGCAGAGCCAAAGUCAAAGGAACCUCCCGUCAUUGUUGAUUUGCUGGCCGAUGACAGCGACAAUGAUGAGGACAACCAAUCUUCGAGUUUCUUCAAGGACGCAGUAGCUCCGAAAGACACAGAAUCCGCCACUGCUGCUGGUUCAGAAACGGAUUUAUUGAAAGAGCAGCAACAAUCCACAGACAAUGACUAUGACGGUGCAUUAUCUGAAGAACAAGUCUCCAAUACCGGUAGCAUACUAGUAUCCACGGACUGUGACACCGCCACCAAAGAUAUUUGUGCCGAUGAAACCAAGGCUGAUAGCAUUUCACAUGAUGAAUCAAGUCCACCAGUCAACCCGUUCGAAAUGUUUGCUUUCAGUGCAGCAGCCUCGAGUGCCUCUGAUACUCCAAUCUGUUGGGUCAAGCCAAAGUCUGCUACAAGUGGAGCUACUAGCAACAAGGUCCACAACAAAAAGGACAAUCGCAAGGUCAGUUCUUCAGCAGCAAAAUCUGAUAAAAAGAAAAACAAGACGAAACAAUCUUCCGGUUGGGUUCCAAUGAAGGAUCAUACCGAAGAAGAAAAGAAGAAAAUUGUGAUCAAGUGGCAAACCAUGGCCGAUCCAGCAGCCAGUUUGGAAGACCAGCGAUUUCAAGUUUUGGUGGCAGCUCGUCUUCAUGCACGAUGUCAAGAUGGUCCCGUUCGAAAAGCCAUGAAAGAGUUGCAGACAUGGUUUGGUAAAAACAACUUUACGGUCCAGCGCAUGGCAUCCGUCAAAGAUCCGAAAGAACUACAGGAUUGCAUUAAAAACCUGCAAUACUACAUUACCAAAGCCGGCAAUCUGGUCAAGGCAGCACAAGAAAUCAAAAUGCGAUUUGGUGCACGAGUACCAGAAGAUGAGCAUUCCUUGAAGCAAAUCACAGGAAUUGGACCGGUUCUAGCAGAUGUACUGGCAUACGUCAACACAAGAGCUAGACAUCGGGAAAGGCAGCAAUCAAAAGUGCAAAAGGACGAUGAUGGAUAGACAACUACAACAGUGUAGAUUACUCAAGUGUCGUUUAAUUCAAUUCCUUUUAUUCUUUGUU